AUGGCGCACCUAUCAUUCGCACCUUUUUUUUCUCACAAUUCCAACUUCUUUUUUUGGCGCGAAACAAAAAUAAACUCAAGCCCGUUCCUUAUAAAAGCCAAUCGGCUAACCUCUCAGAAAGUUUUAAAACCAACCAAUUCAAAUCUAUCCUAUCUAUCCGUCAAUCUCUCUGAAUCUUUAUCUAUCUAUCUAUCUAUCUAUCUAUCCGUCGGUCUCUCUGAAUAUUUAAUUCUAUCUAUCUAUCUAUCUAUCUAUCUAUCUAUCUAUCUAUCUAUCUAUCUAUCUAUCUAUCCGUCGGAAUUUCUACUCCAGUAUGGUUAUUUGAAAGAAAAGACGGGGGCUAUGAAAGCAGAGAAACCGACCCCUGAGGAAAUGCAGAUAGCUAUCUUAAAAUAUCAGAAGUUUAAAGGAUUGCCAGAGACUGGAAGAAUCGACCCAGAAACAGAGAAAAAAAUGAAGGAACCAAGAUGUGGGAUGAAAGACAUCAACAAUGGAGUUGCGGAAUACCACCUUCAUUCAAAAUGGCCGAAAAAUGUAAUCACUUGGAAGAUUAGCAAAUACAGUAGAACUUCAAGACUCUCUCCAACCGAACAAUAUCAUACUAUAAGGCGCGGCCUUGAAAGGUGGUCACGUGUGACUCCACUGGUUUUUCGGGAGACAAGGGGAAAAGCCGAUAUUAAUAUUUCAUUCGAGAGAUGGUACCACGGUGACAUACAGCCAUUUGAUGGAAGGGGUAAGUUCAAAGAAUGGCUUUUGUUGUCUUGUUUGUUUGUUUGUUUCUUUCUUUCUUGUCUGUCUAUUUUCCUUCUCUGUCAUAUUACUCUCUAUACUCCUCUUCCUCUCUCUCAAUAUUUAUUCUUCUUUCUAAAACCCUUUUCUUCUCCUCUUCCUCGUCUCAUUCUUCUUUCUAUCGCCCCUUCCUUUAUUCUCUUGCUCUUUCUCUCUUCUUUCUUUCUUUCUUUUUUCUUACUUUCUUUUUCCCCCUCUCUCGUAUUUCUCUCUACCCUCCUCCUCCUCUUUUUAUCACCCUUUUCCUUUCUUCGCAUCCCCCCGUCUCCUAUGUGUCAUAUUGUCCUUCUUUCUACCGCCUCCUUCCUUUAUACUCUUGCUUUUCCCCUCUUCUUUCUUUCUUUCUUUCUUUCUUUCUUUCUUUCUUUCUUUCUUUCUUUCUUUCUUUCUUUCUUUCUUUCUUUGAUUUCGUUUUUUCAACAACUUAUUUCUUUCUCGUUUUCUUUCUCUUCUCUCCCUCUCUCAUAUUUCUCUUUUUACCCUUCUCCUCCUCUUCUUUCUAUAACCUUUUUCCUUUCUCCGCAUCCUCCUCCUCUUCGUAUGUCUCAUAUCGUUCUUCUUUCUAUCAUCUCCCCCCUUUAUACUCUAUCUCUUUCUUUCAUUAACUUUUUUUUUUUUUUUUUUCUUCUCCCUCUUUCUUAA